UCUCGGGGUGCUCAGGGGCCUCUGGGUCUGGGGCCCCUGUCAGGCGGAGUAAGAACUAAAGCGCUGGCUGCUUUAACCUCCCAGGGACGGCCGGUCUGAACGGGAUGAAGCCAGAUGAUGUUAGUUUCUUUUAAGGGAUGGAUAAAAGGAAAAAAUGUAAAUAAAAUAAUGAAAAGAAAAGAAAGAUAUUUUUAUAUUUUACAUGUGCCCACUUGAAUAAUUUCAUAGAUAACUCUGCAGCGACAGAAUAAACAACAAGGCAGCUAAUAUGUUUAUGGGGACGAAGCGAACCGCCAUAAUUAUUCUGCCGCCCAUUUUCCAAAUUGUCUCAUUAUUUUUAUAUAAUUCACCUCCACACUUAACGCCCCGAAUUUCAAGCCCCUCCAAAACGUUCGCAGACAGAUUUGUAUCCACGUGUUCAGUAAAGGUUAGUCUCCAACGUCGGAGAAUAUCAAUCCCCCGAUGAACUGAGAAUAGUGAUUAUGUAGAAGAAGAGAGACACGCGUGGAGGUCUACGGUACAGCUGCGGCGCUUCAGUCACUGAAGUGUUUGAUCGACUAUACGGUGGUUUGUGAAUCGAUCCGUGUUCAAAUAGAUUUCUUGCUGCCAAUUUGAUGAACCUCACCAGCGCUGGACUAAAAUGCGCUCUCCCGUAGCGAUACCCCUCGGUGCUAGCCUGUCCGGUACUGCCAUAUCCAACGCUAGAAUAGACUUCCUCAUGGGAAACCUCACUGGUAUAAGCUAUUGCCGAGUGCAAUUUAACACGUUCAGCAUCCGCGAUACACAUGUUUUUCGUUCAAUCGUAAAGGUUGUCAAUCAGUUCAUGAAAUAACUCCUCAUUUUUACGUUGUGUGUAUAUAUUAAAGUUAUUUACAGCAGUAUUUUCGCCAUCUCUGUUCUGCUAAUGCUAUUUUAAUUAUUCAAAGUGAGCCUGGUUUUUUGUGUUUUUAGUGUUUUAGAAAAGUGUCAUGUUGUGCGCCCAUUGUGACACUUCGUUUCAUCAUCUUUUUUAAGUAUUACUUUAUCACUUUUUAGCCUUUGAAUAUCUUUGGAGUGCAAAGCAAAGUUCUACCAAUUUCUUAUUUGUAUGUUUGUAUAUAAGCUGUUCGUUGUCAUUUCAUUAGGAUUUUGUUUGUGUCUGAUUGCUUUAUUACACAAUAAAGGAAAAGUCGAGAUUUUAUUUGCGAGGUGAAUGUGUUAUUCUGAUCAGUGGUAGGAGAGACAGAAGUUAUAUUAAUCUUAAACUAAAACCAGAAGUUGUAGUUCUCAAGACUAGUAAAAUAAUCAGUAGGCCUACUCAUCAAAGUAGAAUAAGCGUUGUUAAUAAAAUGAAACCAUUUGUAGCAGUGUAGACAAUCAUUUAACAAAUACAGAAAUAUUCCUAUCCCCAGAUUAGUACUUUUGGCAGCAAUUCAUAGCACCACUUGGUGGACUACAUGUCCCAGAAUUCAGCACGGCCUAAAGAACGACAGCUGAUUCGUUGUAAACAAGGACAGUGUUUACAUUCUACCACAUGCACCGCCUGCUGUCUUGCUCUGUCACAACAUCGUUUUGAUCGAGGAGAAGAGGAAAUAUGGAGGACCCAUACGUAUUUGGGGAUAUAGGCAGCUGGGCGGAGCGGACGGAGGUCCACAAGGCCGCCUCUCAGGGCCUCGUGGACCAGCUGAGGCAGCUGAUCGCGGACGGCGCUCCGGUCAACAUCGUGGCGGUGGACUCCAUCACCCCGCUCCACGAGGCCUGCAUCCGGGGCCAGAGCCAGUGUGUCCGGCUGCUGCUGGAUGCUGGAGCCCAGGUGGACGCCCGCAACGUGGACGGCAGCACCCCGCUGUGCGAGGCCUGCUCGGCGGGCAGCCUGGAGUGCGUGAGGCUCCUGCUGGACCACGGGGCCACGGUCAACCCCGCCCUCACCUCACGCACCGCCUCCCCCCUCCACGAGGCCUGCAUGGGAGGGCAGGUGGAGUGUGUGCGGCUGCUGCUGUCCCUGGGGGCCAGCCUGGAGGCCUCAGACCUGUACCACGGCACGCCGCUGCACGUGGCCUGCGCCAACCAGCACACAGCGUGCGUCAGGAUGCUCCUGAACGCCGGAGCCAACGUGAACGCGUCCCGGCUCCACGAGACCCCUCUCCACUACGCCGCCAAGGCCCGGCGGGCGGAGACGGUGGAGCUGCUGGUGGAGUUCGGCGCCAACAUCUACGCCCGCGACCAACGGGAGAGGCGGCCCGUGGACUACACCACCCCCGACUCCCCCGCCGCCGCCUGCCUCCGCGCCUACGAGAGGGCUCCUCUCGCUCUGCAGCAGCUGAGCCGAGUGGCCGUGAGGAACAAGCUGGGAACACGCGCGCUGGAGGUCAUAGGUCAACUGGAUAUUCCCAAGCUCCUGAUUGGCUACCUCAGCUUCCAGUGACACCUCCUGCUGCCCGGACCCGGACCUGGGGGGACCCCCAUCAGGGUGUACCCCCAUCAGGGUGGACCUGAUCCUCAUCCUCACAGAGACUGGACUCUUGUUGACAUGUUUCAACGCACAAAACAGUGACAACAAGCACGACAACACAACUUAAAAUUGAUAUGCAGUGUGUAUAUAUAUAUAUAUAUAUGCAUAUAUUAUAUAUGUAUACCGCUAGUUAUACCACACUCUUGUUGAAUACUUGAAUACUCAGGUGCCAUAUUGAUUUUUGAACACUUUUUGAACACACAUUAGUAUCUUUAGUAAUAGUUAAGACUUGCUUGGUCAAUAAGUCAAUGCUUAUUGACUUAUGCUUAUGAUGAAUCACAUGGAAGGUUUUCUUUAAGACGAAAACCUUAAAUUGAAAAACGAAAACCUUUACAUGAAAUGUUUUCUUUAAGACAGCCGUCAAUAUCCUUUGCUGAGGUACGCUGUGGCAACUAAUGGAUUUAUCAACGUGAAAUAAUCUUAUCAGAUGAUUUGAUAUCUUUUAUAUGUUCAUGAUAUUUUCCAGCCAUGUUGUUAAUGUUCGGUAUGACUUGAUUGUAGGCUGUUCUGCCGAGGAACAGUUAGAAGUUUCAGUUUGAUUACUGACUGUUGUUUUUAAUGUGUGUGAUUCUUGGCUAAUAUUUAUUUGAUCAUGUUAGAUUAAGGGUUAGGCAUCAAAUCAGCCCCAUGUAGGCCUUACCUCAGGUUCACAUAUUUGGCAGGUUGGGAAUUUAAAAGCUGUAAUGAAAUUCUAUGUUACAUUAAAAAAUAUUCGAAAAGAUAACGUUGGAGGGAGGGUGCGAAAAAAUAUCUGUUUCCUAGGGUGGGAAUGACUAGGACAUGUUGCACUUGAUUAGCUCACGUUGUUAUGGCAAUGAAAACAGCCACAGCUAUUAAAAUAAUGCCAGCGGUUUUGUUUUAACUGAAAAUUAGCACAAUUUUUUUUUGGAUCAGAACAAGAUUUGUUUGCAUCAAAAGUUUUAUAAAAAUGUAUGGGUCCCUGAAAGUGAGACAACGUAGUUUAUUGCUCCCGCAAUAGUGGUAUGUUUCUCAUAUUAUUAAUCUAGUACAUGUUGUACCAAUGUGUUUCAGUAACUGUGUAAAUAAAAAAAAGGGGGAAAUAUGGUCAUCUUUGAGUGAAACUUACACAAAGGAAAUUUUAUAUCCCUCAAAUUUGUCAUUACAGUUCACAUCCAUUGAUUAUUCCUUCAUCCAAACAGUAUUUUUUCUUUCAUCACUUUAGUGAUUCAGAACUGCAUUAUUUAGCUGACACUGCCAGCUUUUGGCUUAGACAUACAACAGCAUAGUAACUAAUAAAAUAAAGGUCGUUGAAUAAAAA